AAAUUAUAAAGAUGGGAGCCAGAAAUUCAAAUUUCCCGAGGCCAAUACGGUAAAUUUAUUGAUCACGCGACAAAGGCCAACCAGCCUGUCCGCCCGACCUUCUCUCGUCAAACACUCACCGGAGCAAUCCUCUCUCUCUCUCUCUCUCUAUUGGAAGACCAGAUCCGAAGAAAAUCGACAUUGCUUCGGAUCUCCAGCGGCGGUCUUUUCUUCCUCCCCGCCAGAAAUGGGGGAUUUCAAUUUAGCCCUAGUGCUCGUUGCGAUAAUCGUUUGUGUGCUUGUCUUCAUAUUCAAUGUGUAUCUACUCGUUAAUUACCAGCAUCCUGAUGACGCCAAUCAGGCAUACUUCCCUAAAUUUGUCGUCGUCUUGGGGCUCUCCGUCGCCGCCAUUUCUAUUUUAAUGCUGCCGGCCGACGUUGCCAACCGGCAGGCAUGUCGUCACGCGAUUUAUAACGGCGCUUGCAACCUCACGCUCCCCAUGAAGGAGUUGUGGCUCGCUAUUUACAUUCUGGAUGCAAUCCUUGUUUUCUUCGUCAUUCCGUUUGCCAUGUUUUAUUACGAAGGAGACCUAGACAAGACUGUGUGGAAGAGGAUGAAAAGUGCAUUGGUUUGGGUGAUUGUUACAGCUAUUAUUUGUGCCCUCGUUCUUGGAAUUUUAUACGGGGUUGUGGGGAAGGUGGACUUCACUGUUAGGCACCUCUCUUCAUCCACUACAUCCUUCCCGUCGUCGUGGAGCUUCUCCGAAAGUCAACAAUGUAUCGAUAGUGGAGCAAGACAGUGUUCUGCAUAUAUUGCACCUGCUUCAUCUGAGACAACUUGGACCAUGCGCACUACAUUCCCAGAAUAUAUUGUUGCACUUGCUACAAUUGUUGGAUCUGUGCUUUUCACCAUUUUUGGUGGUGUUGGCAUUGCUUGCCUGCCAUUGGGACUCAUAUUUUCAUUUAUUCGGCGCCCUAAGGCCGUUAUUACACGCUCUCAGUAUAUCAAGGAAGCAACUGAACUGGGGAAAAAAGCAAGAGAACUUAAAAAAACUGCUGAUGCACUUCACCAGGAAGAAAGGAGUGGCAGUAAGGGAAGAAAAUGGCGCAAAAAUGUGAAAACCGUAGAAAAGGAGGUACUUCUCUUGGAAGAAGAUGUGAAGGCCUUGGAAGAGAUGUAUCCUCAAGGCGAACAGGCUGAAACAGCUUGGGCUAUGACUGUUCUCAGCUACCUUGGUAAAUUGGUAUUUGGAGUUCUAGGGUUGAUCGUUUCAGUCGCUUGGAUUGCACAUAUUGUGAUAUACUUGCUGAUUGACCCUCCUCUUUCUCCAUUUCUUAACGAGAUUUUCAUCAAAUUGGAUGACGUUUGGGGUCUUCUGGGCACUGCAGCAUUUGCAUUCUUCUGUUUCUAUCUUUUGCUUGCUGUGAUAGCUGGGGCAAUGAUGGUUGGCCUGAAAUUAGUUUUUAUAACGAUCCAUCCUAUGAAAUGGGGAGCUACUCUGAUGAACUCAUUUCUUUUCAAUGUGGGUCUGAUUCUUCUUUGCUCAAUCAGUGUGAUUCAGUUCUGUGCCACUGCAUUUGGAUAUUACGCCCAAGCUACUGCUGCUCAAGAAAUAUUUGGUCACACCCUGCAAUCUCUUCGCGGAAUCAAAUAUUUGUACAAAUACAAUGUGUUUCAAAUUGGCUUCAUUAUUUUAGCGGGGCUCACAUUUGUGUAUUAUGCAGCUUUUGGAUGGAGAAGAAAAAAGACUAGAGGCAGAUUUCAACUUUCCACAUAAAAACAUGCUCUGCUCUGCUCUGAACCGAUCUGAAAUUGAAACUGCUGGAUUUCUUGAUUUAUCUUUAACAUAAGUGAUGUUCAUUCUGGGAUGCAUAUCACUCGGCUUUAUUGAUUUAGUUUCCGGGAGUAGAAGACGUAACAUUAUUCGAGAACCAAUUACACUGCAAAGGUGGAAUUUGCAUGACCCUUGGGUUAGUAUCAUUCCUCCUGGUUUUGUUGAUUUGGCUUGUAUAUCUGCCCAGCGUAUUAUUUAUUUUUCUUAAUUUUUUUUUGUAACUGUCUUUGCUGGUAUUAUUAACAUGUAAGAAUUUGAGGAUGUAUCCAUAAUGUAUGUAUAGUGUCAAUUAUUAGUGAGCUGUAAAAGUUUGUCAUGUUAGCUUCUUUGCCAUGUAAUUUCACCCCAUUCAUUUGUAUUCGUUUAUUCACCCUAUAAAUAACUUCAAUUAUUGUCA